CACAAAACACAAACCCUACAAAAACCCUGCACCUUCUUCUCCCUUUGUAUGGAGAGCCUCACUUAAACCCAAAAUUUCCCCAAUAAAAAUUAUAAUUUUACUUCUUAAAUUCACUCCAAGUCAUGUCUAAAACCUAUGCAAUAGGGUUGAUCUCUGCCCUUGCGGCGGCCACUUCUGCUAGCUCAGCCUUUUCUGAUGACUCUUCCAGCUACUCUCCCUUCUCAUUUCUCACUAACCAAUCUAGCAAGGCUCAUCCGCCUCCAAAUGCGCCUUCAUCACAGCCUUCGAUGGCCGGGGACAAGCCUCCGCCUCCGCCUCCGCCUCCGAAGGUGAGGAAUGAUAAUCCUAGGACUAGCUCUGCCGGCUUCGAUCCCGAGGCGUUGGAGAGAGGCGCCGAGGCCUUGAGGAAGAUCAGCAAGUCUCCUAAUAGCAAAGAGGCAUUUAAGAUUAUUAUGAGGCAAGAAGAGACAAGACAAGCAGAAAUAGCUGCAAAGGCUGCAGAAUAUAAAGCAAUGCAAGCUCAAGCUGAAACAGAGAGACAAAGGGUUAUAUACGAUGAACAAAAAAAGCUAGCUCAGCAGCAGGCACAAACAAAAUCCCAGAUGGCUCGUUAUGAGGAUGAGCUGGCAAGGAAGAGGAUGCAGGCAGAAAAUGAAUACCAAAGAACAAGAAACCAAGAACUUGUAAAAAUGCAAGAAGAGUCAUCAAUAAGGCAGGAGCAAGCUAGGCGAGCUACUGAAGAACAGAUUCAAGCGCAAAGGCGGCAGACAGAACGGGAAAAGGCUGAGAUAGAGCGUGAAACAAUCAGGGUUAAAGCUAUGGCAGAAGCAGAAGGGAGAGCACAAGAAGCAAAGCUAACUGAAGAGGUCAAUAGGAGAAUGCUAGUAGAUCGUGCAAAUGCAGAAAGAGAGAAAUGGAUUGCUGCCAUAAAUACUACCUUUGACCAUAUUGGGGGGGGCCUUCGAGCUAUAUUAACUGAUCAAAAUAAACUUGUUGUUGCGGUCGGGGGAGUGACUGCUCUGGCAGCAGGAGUAUACACAACAAGAGAAGGUGCAAGGGUGAUUUGGGGAUAUGUGGAUAGAAUAUUGGGACAACCAUCUCUAAUCAGGGAGUCUUCUAGGGGAAAAUACCCUUGGUCAGGCUUGUUUUCACGUGCUGCAAACUCUCUGCGUGGUGGUAACAAAGAGAUGGCUUCAAAAAAUGGAAACGGAUUUGGUGAUGUGAUUCUACACCCAUCUCUUAAGAAAAGAGUCGAGCAGCUGGCUGGAGCAACUGCCAAUACUAAAGCACACAAUGCACCAUUUCGCAACAUGCUCUUCUAUGGCCCUCCAGGAACAGGAAAAACAAUGGCUGCUAGAGAGUUGGCCCGUAAAUCUGGACUAGAUUAUGCAUUGAUGACAGGUGGAGAUAUUGCUCCACUGGGGUCACAGGCUGUUACCAAGAUACACCAAUUAUUUGAUUGGGCUAAGAAGUCUAACCGUGGUUUAUUGUUGUUCAUUGAUGAAGCGGAUGCCUUUUUGUGCGAGCGGAACAAAACUUACAUGAGUGAAGCUCAAAGAAGUGCACUCAAUGCUCUCCUUUUCCGUACGGGUGACCAAUCCAAGGAUAUAGUGCUUGCACUUGCCACUAACCGCCCUGGUGAUCUUGAUUCAGCCAUGGCAGAUCGAAUUGACGAAGUCCUGGAAUUCCCUUUGCCUGGGCAAGAUGAACGAUUCAAACUACUAAAACUCUAUCUUGACAAAUAUAUUGCUCAAGCUGGAUCAAGAAAAUCUGGCGUGUUCAGCAAAAUAUUCAAAGGUGAACAGCAGAAGAUAGAGAUUAAGGGAUUGACUGAUGAUAUCUUAAUGGAAGCAGCUGCUAAAACUGAAGGAUUUUCUGGAAGAGAAAUUGCAAAACUGAUGGCUAGUGUCCAAGCAGCUGUCUAUGGAAGUGAGAAUUGUGUGCUAGAUCCGAGCCUUUUCCGUGAAGUUGUAGAUUAUAAAGUAGCAGAGCAUCAGCAAAGAAGAAAACUUGCUGCUGCAGGUGGAGGUAGCGUGUAACCACGUUUUUUGCAUUAUAUUUCAACCGUUUUACCUAGGGGCCGAAAAGACAGUCUAAUGAGUAUGUCAAUUUCGAAUAUAUAAAAUUUUUUUGAAUAACUCUUUAGUUAAUUUAGGUUGGCCCAUGCCAUUUAGUUUUGGGCAUUAUGUUAUCAAUUUUUUGAGAGGAGCUUUGUGCUGUUAUCAUCAUUCAUUCCCCCUGUUUGUGGGUAAGUUUUGGUAUCCCUUACCUUCUGAUGAAGUUACUUAUACAUCCAUCAAUAAAUUUCGUUUUUCGGGGUUCA